AUGUUCUUCUUUAAAAGGAACAAGAGUAAUGUCCCAGAGGAAGAAAACGAAAAAGAAAAUGCAAACGAAAAUAAAAAUAAAACAAAUGCUGUCGUAGUUAAUAACCCUUUUCAAAAUAUUCAAAAAAGUAGCUUUGAAGAAAAAAAAGAAAGUAACAAUGAAAUUUUAAGUGAUGAAGAAAACCUGAACAAUUCAGGUAAAAAUGAUAACAAGGAAGAAAAAACAUCUUCCCCCAUUAAUGAAAAUGAUAGUAGUAACAAUAAUAAAAAUGGUAGUAGCAAUAAUAAAAAUGGUAGUAGCAAUAAUAAAAAUGGUAGUAGCAAUAAUAAAAAUGGUAGUAGUAGUAGCACCGAACAGGAACAAAAAGAGAAAGCAACAACACAUAAGGAAGAAAAUAAUAAAGAUUUGGCAAAGGAACGAAUAUAUCAAAAUUUGCAUAUAAGCGGUUUGAAAAAAAAAACAAUAAAUUUGUAUAGUUCGAGUUCAGACGACGAUUCUGAAGAUAGUGAUAAAAAAAUAGUAAUUAAUAAACCCCAAAAUAAAAAUAGCAAUUUAAAUAAAAGCGAUAAAUAUAAUAACAAAAAAGAGAAGGAACACAAAAUAGAUGAAGACAACAAAAAUAAAAACGAGAAUAAACGUAUUUUUGCAAACAUAUCAUCUAAUAAAGAAAAACUUGUAUUUUUAACAAAAAAAGAAAGAAAUGAAAAUAAAAAAAAAUUAGAAAAUAAAAAUGAAACUAUAAAAAACGGAGAAGAUAAUUAUUCAGAUGAACAUGAUGAUAAUUAUAAAAAAAAUAAAAAAAGUGAUGAUAUUCGUAAUGAUAGAAAAAAACAAAAAAAAAGAAAUAGAGAACAUUCUCAAAGUGAUGAAGAUAAAAAAAUGUCAAGUAAUGAUAAUACACCCGAGUUAAAUAAAAAAGAUGAAAAUAAAAAAGAUGAAAAUAAAAAAUUGUAUCAAAUGAGUUAUGAAAAAACACAAUCAUCUUUGGCAGAACUAAAUAUGCUACAUAUUGAUGACAUUGAAAGAGACAAAUAUAGAGAAAGAGAAUUAGAAAUAAUAAAACAACAAUAUUUAGGGUUAAAUAAACAUAAAAAAAAAAUGCAAAAACCAUCUGAAAAAUUUCGAAAUAUAUUUAAUUUUGAAUGGGAUAAAUCUGAAGAUACAUCGAAAAAUGAUAGUAACCCAUUAUAUCAAAAUAGAUUAGAACCACAAUUAUUAUUUGGUCGAGGAUAUAUAGCAGGUAUAGAUGUAAGAGAGCAAAGAAAAAAACAUAAUUUUUAUGAUAAACUUGUUCAAAAUAGAAUCCAAUUAUGUAUGAAGAAAAAGAAAGAAUAUGAAGCAUCUGGAGAAAAAAAAUGGGGAAAAAAUGAAUCAGAUAAAGAAUAUAAUGAAAAUGAGGAUAAAAUAAUUGGAAGUAAUCUCACAAAAUAUGUGUCAAACUUAGAAAACAACGGAUUACAUAAAAAUCAAUUUAUUUAUGAACCUAAAAUUAAUAAUAUAAUAAAAGAUACAGAUAAUAAACAUUGGAGUGAAAAAAAAAGAGAAGAUAUGACAGAUAGAGAUUGGAGAAUAUUUAGAGAAGAUAAUGAAAUAUAUAUAAAAGGUGGUGUUGUACCACCCCCUAUAAGAAAAUGGGAAGAAUCAAAUUUAAGUUCAGAUUUAUUAAAAGCAAUUAAAAAAGCAAAAUAUGAAAAACCUACACCUAUACAAAUGCAAGCAAUACCUAUUGCAUUAGAAAUGAGAGAUUUAAUUGGAAUUGCUGAAACUGGAUCUGGAAAAACAGCUGCAUUUGUUUUACCUAUGUUAUCAUAUGUUAAACAAUUACCUCCAUUAACAUAUGAAACAUCACAAGAUGGACCAUAUGCUUUAAUAAUUGCUCCUUCAAGAGAAUUAGCUAUACAAAUAUAUGACGAAACUAAUAAGUUUGCAUCUUAUUGUUCAUGUAGAACCGUAGCAGUUGUUGGUGGAAGAAAUGCAGAGGCACAAGCAUUUGAAUUAAGAAGAGGAGUAGAAAUUGUAAUUGGAACACCUGGUAGAUUACAAGAUUGUUUAGAAAAAGCAUAUACUGUAUUAAAUCAAUGUAAUUAUGUUAUUAUUGAUGAAGCAGAUAGAAUGAUGGAUAUGGGUUUUGAAGAUGCUGUUCAUUUUAUUUUAGAUAAUAUACCAACUAGUAAUUUAAAAUCAGAAGAUGAUGCUUUAGCUUUACAAGAAGAAAUGAUGGCUAAAGCUGGACAUAGAUUAUACAGAUUAACUCAAAUGUUUUCAGCUACUAUGCCACCAUCUGUUGAAAGAUUAUCAAGAAAAUAUUUAAGAGCACCUGCAUAUAUAUCUAUAGGUGAUCCAGGUGCCGGAAAAAGAUCAAUAGAACAAAAAUUAGAAUUUAUUACUGAAGGAAAGAAAAAACAAAAAUUACAAGAAUUAUUAGAAAUUUAUGAACCACCUAUUAUUGUAUUUGUUAAUCAAAAAAAAGUUGCAGAUAUUAUUGCUAAAUCUAUUAGUAAAAUGAAAUUUAGAGCUAUAGCAUUACAUGGUGGAAAAGUACAAGAAAUGCGAGAAGAAGCAUUAAAUGCUUUUAAAAAUGGAGAAUUUGAUAUUUUAGUAGCAACAGAUGUAGCUGGUAGAGGUAUUGAUGUACAUGGAGUUAAAUUAGUUAUUAAUUUUGAUCUCCCAAAAGAUAUUGCAUCAUAUACACACAGAAUUGGAAGAACUGGAAGAGCUGGAAUGAAAGGGCUAGCUAUUUCAUUUGUUACUGAACAAGAUACACAUUUAUUUUAUGAUUUACGCCAAUUCUUGAUAUCAUCAAAUAAUAUUGUACCUCUUGAAUUGGCUAACAAUCCUGCUUCACAAGUAAAACCUGGAACUGUUAUGCAAACUUCAAAGAAACAAAUUUUGUAUAAAAAUUGA